CUAUCGCCGGAUCUAUCGCUAAGCGAGGCAUGCGUCUUCGGGUCAACGUCGCUAUUGGACUGGAUGUGGGGGAUUAGCUGUACUUCUUCCGCUGAAAGAACCCGGGAAUGGUCACUAGCCAACUACUUGCGCUCUGACCGACACUACAAUCACUGGCAGUUUUCAGAGUCGCUACAAGCUGCAGCUGCUCGUGGGAACUUACAAGUACUGGAG